AGCUAGAAGUGUGGACAGACAGGAGAGGAGAGAGGAGAGAGAAAAUUCAGACACAAUAAAACUCCGAUUGGGGGGGGGACAAAAUAUGUAGGAGGAGGAAGGAGCCGCGGCCUGGGGAAGGGACUGAAAAAGUUUCGGCUGGUUCAACUUCUCUCCUUCCUUCCUUCCUUCCCUCCCCCCUCCCUUUUCAAGCAACAGAAAGAGCAGCAGCCAAGAGCACAAGCUAAACAAGCAGAAGGGGUCAUGGCACGCUUAACGAAACGACGGCAAGCAGAUACAAAAGCUAUCCAGCAUCUUUGGGCAGCUAUAGAAAUCAUUCGGAAUCAGAAGCAAAUUGCUAACAUUGACCGUAUAACAAAGUACAUGUCUCGGGUUCACGGUAUGCAUCCCAAAGAGACCACACGUCAGCUUAGUUUAGCGGUGAAAGAUGGCCUUGUUGUUGAAACCCUGACAGUGGGAUGUAAGGGGUCGAAAGCCGGUAUUGAGCAAGAAGGAUACUGGCUGCCUGGAGAUGAGAUUGCCUACAGUAUGCAGCCUUUCUCCCGGACCACAGCAAAAAUCAAGGACUGGGAGACAGAAACUCAUGACUGGUAUUGUUUUGAAUGCCAUUUGCCUGGAGAGGUGUUGAUAUGUGACCUGUGUUUUCGUGUGUAUCAUUCCAAGUGUUUAUCUGAUGAGUUCAGGCUUAGAGACAGCAGUAGUCACUGGCAAUGCCCAGUUUGCAGGAGCAUUAAGAAGAAGAACACAAGCAAGCAAGAGAUGAGCACGUAUUUGCGCUUCAUUGUCUCCCGUAUGAAGGAACGAGCUAUCGAUCUAAACAAGAAAGGCAAGGACAACAAACACCCCAUGUAUCGUAGGCUGGUGCACACGGCUGUUGAUGUUCCAACUAUUCAAGAGAAAGUAAAUGAAGGAAAGUACAGGAGUUACGAGGAGUUCAAAGCAGAUGCUCAGCUUCUUCUACACAACACAGUUAUUUUUUAUGGAGCGGACAGUGAGCAAGCGGAUAUAGCCAGGAUGCUUUACAAAGAUACCUGCCACGAGCUGGAUGAACUUCAGCUUUGCAAGAAUUGUUUUUAUUUAUCAAAUGCGCGUCCUGACAAUUGGUUCUGCUAUCCUUGUAUACCCAAUCACGAGCUAGUUUGGGCUAAAAUGAAAGGGUUUGGAUUCUGGCCUGCCAAAGUCAUGCAGAAAGAGGACAAUCAGGUUGACGUUCGCUUUUUCGGCCAUCACCACCAAAGGGCCUGGAUCCCUUCCGAAAACAUUCAGGACAUCACCGUUAACAUACAUCGGCUGCAUGUGAAACGCAGCAUGGGUUGGAAGAAAGCGUGCGAUGAGCUAGAACUGCACCAGCGCUUCCUUCGGGAUGGCAGAUUCUGGAAAUCAAAGAAUGAGGACAAAGGAGAGGAGGAAGCAGAGUCUAGCAUUUCUUCCACCAGCAAUGAACAGCUGAAGGUUACUCAGGAACCAAGAGCAAAGAAAGGAAGACGUAAUCAAAGCGUGGAACCCAAAAAGGAAGAGCCAGAGCCUGAAACUGAAGCCGUGAGCUCAAGCCAGGAAAUUCCCACAAUGCCUCAGCCCAUUGAGAAGGUUUCAGUCUCAACCCAGACCAAGAAGUUAAGUGCCUCUUCUCCAAAAAUGCUGCAUCGGAGCACCCAGACCAAUAAUGACGGGGUGUGUCAGAACAUGUGCCACGACAAAUACACCAAAAUCUUCAGCGACUUCAAAGAAAGGAUCAAGGCAGAUCACAAGAGGGAGACUGAGAGGGUUGUGCGGGAAGCUCUUGAGAAGCUGCGUACCGACAUGGAAGAGGAAAAAAGGCAAGCAGUGAACAAAGCUGUUGCGAACAUGCAGACUGAAUGUGACCGAAAGACGAAGCAGGUCAAGGAGAAGUGUAAAGAGGAAUUUUUAGAAGAAAUCAAGAAGCUAGCUAGCCAGCACAAACAGUUGAUUUCCCAGACCAAGAAGAAGCAGUGGUGCUACAACUGCGAGGAGGAGGCGAUGUACCACUGCUGCUGGAACACCUCCUACUGCUCCAUCAAGUGCCAGCAGGAACACUGGCAUGCCGAGCACAAGCGCACCUGCCGCAGGAAAAGAUGAACGCCUGUUUUCUUCCCCUGCGGAGAAGGAAUCGCCCCAGUUUAUUGCUGCUCUCUGACGCAGCAGGUCUCUUUUUGUUUCCAAGGGGGCCAGAAUUGUUUGGAAUUCACUAUCCUCCCCCUCCCCCUUUUUUUGCACCGGCCUUUAAAACACUUUUUUCAUAAAGAACUUUUUGCACAGUUUUAAACUUCAGUCUUGCGUUUUAACGCUCCUCUCAAAUUGUUGUCAGUUCCCCACCCCCCCGGUUCUUUUUACCUUUUUUUUUGUCUGUAAGGUGGUCUGAAUAUGAGCUGGAGCACAUUACUUUUGGGGGUGUGUAUGUGUGUGUGUGUGUGUUAAAAUUAAAAACCUACAAAAUCUGUUGCGUUUUCAGCAAAUAAAAAAUAAAAAUAAAGCAAACGUUUUUAGGUUUCAUAGAGACACAGAAAUAUAAUGACAGGAACAUUUUAAAAACAGAUCUGAAUGUAAGAAGAAUAAAAUUGUUUAGAACAGAAAAGAAAAAAAAGCAUACUACCUUUGAUGUGUAACACUUACCUGUUAAUCGCAUGAGCUGCUUUUUGUUCAGCUUAAUUUACUGUUUAAAGGCAUUAUCUAUUGGUUUGAACCAGUGGGUAUAUAUGAUUGAAUUUUGGGAACAGGGUUGACACUUGCAGGUGCUAGUCCUGCCUAUUUUUUUCUUACAUUUCCCCCCUUCCCAAGUUUGUGUUUGUUUCAUUCAUUUCCCCCCCCCAACACACAAUGUAUAACUUUUAUAACAAAAUAUUAGCUUUGAUCUUUUAGCUUAAAAAAAAAUCACAAGGGACUGGGGUAGCCUCUUGCUGAGCUGGAUCUUAGAGAAAAAAAUAUUUAAAUUUUUGCACAUUUCAUCCUUUUCCUAACAUGAACGCUUGUAAAAAAAAAGAAAAAAAGAGGAAGCCAAAAAAACGAAACAAAGGAAAGGGAAAGAAAAAAAUCCAGUUUUACAUUUAGUUGUACAUGGAACUGUGAAGAUGAGACACGAGAAGAAAAAUGGCUUGAAAAUUAGUCCCCUUGGCCUCCUCCCCAGAGUUCCCUCCCACACCAAAUGGUCUUUGCCCGUUAAUCUACAUUACUUAUUCGAUAGUAAAUUAAUUGAAAUUGGGAAGGGCGGGAGAAAGCACUUAAGCUUCACAGGAGCAGUUAUGUUUGUAUUGGUCAAUCCCAUCCCUAUACUUAGAAUGAAGAAUAAUGCAUGUUACUUUUCUUGUAUUAAAGAUGCUGUGAUUUGUAAAAAUAAAAAA